CCUAUGUAGCCACGGCUGACCUUACAGUCCCGCUCCUCCCUCCUCUACCUCCCGAGUGCUGGAAGUACAGUGUUUCUCACCAUGCCCAGUUUAUGUGUUGCUGGAGAUCAAACCCAAGGCCUCAUUCGUGCAAGGCUUGCACUCUGCCAACUAAGCUCCGUCUCCAGUCCCGUGCCAUCCGUGUCUCACAUAGAGACUCUGAGGCCAGGAAGAAAGUGAGCUGCUUCCAGCCUCACCUCACAGCGAGGGUACCAGUGCUGUGCCAGCCUUCACAGCCCACCUGGCCUCGUCCAUCUUCCCAUCUGGUAGUGGGAACAUGAAGGGAAAACCAGCCGCCCAGUGGGUUGUUACCACCAGACUUCUGGGUGGUUUGGGACACUCCCUGUCCCUCAGCUUGGACUUCCAGCCUUGUCACAAUGACCAUGUAGGAUGGGACAUGCCCAUCUCCCUGAGAAUGUCUGCAUAAUUGAACAGAAGGGUGGAAUGCCUGAGUGGAUGAGACCCUCCCCUUCCUGUUCCAGGUAGAGAUGCCAGAGGCCCUGUGCACCUGCUUUAGGGGCUCAGAUUGUCCUAUAGGCAAGAGAAGGGAAAGACCACACAAUGUGUAGAUAAACUUGGCCUUGGACUUUAGUGGGGGCCCAGAAGCAUCCCGUGCCUUUGCUGUCUUGGAUGAAGAUUUCCAAAGUUUCCUUUGGUCCCAUUCAGAACAGCACAAGAGUUGAACACCAGGACGAUCAGGAGUUGGGGUGUGGAGGGAGAGUGGGGCUCAGACCUUAUGUCCUGCAGAAGACACUCCUGGGCAUGACCCCACAGGAUCUCAGAGAGGAUGCCUCAAACAUGAAGCACCAGUCACCUGGCCCGCGCGAAGACUCUAUGGACAGUGAGGACCCACUAAGCAGAGACGAGAUGGAAAACCCACCAGAAAGAGGCUCCUGCUUACCCCUCCCUGCUCUCACCAACUCCUCCCCAGAUGUCAGGCUGGACAGAAAGAGCCCUAGUCCCUUGACCUGCUGGCCCUGGCUUCCUCCGACCAUCACCUCUAAGCAACUCCCCGUCUACAUCUGCCCACUCUUUCCUGAGUACCCAGUUUUCCUGCCUCCCCCUUACCUAUUCACGUAUGGGGCCCUACCUUCAACCCAAUGUCCGUACCUCUUCAUGCUGCCCCCAGACACCUCAUACCCCAUGAUGGCUGCAUCCCGCUUGCCUAUGACCGCCGAUGGAGCUGGGCCCCAUAUCACCCAGGAGAAGCCCCUGCUUCUCUACUCAGGGCCUUUCCAGAGUGCUGGACACACCCUAUACCCCCAGGUCAGGAGUCGGAGCUCUAGAGAUGCUUCAACCUUCUGCCCAGGACAGGCUGGUGUGGCAGCUCCUGCAAAGCGGCCAGGCUCCCAGGCCGGUGUCGUAACCCUGCCCUACCCUCUGAAGAAAAGGAAUGGUAAAAUCCUAUACGAGUGCAAUGUGUGUGGCAAGAACUUUGGGCAGCUCUCCAACCUCAAGGUCCACCUGCGUGUGCACAGUGGAGAGCGUCCAUUUCAGUGUUCCCUGUGUCAGAAGAGCUUCACCCAGCUGGCCCACCUACAGAAGCACCACCUGGUGCACACCGGGGAGCGGCCCCACCAGUGCCGGGUGAGACCCUUCUUCCCUUGCAGCUUGGUGAGGAAUUCUAGGUCCCUGGAGGGAUGGCACCGGGGCCUCUGUUUCCCAAUCCUGUUAAGUAAAGAUGGAGAGGAGAAGGUAGAGGAUGGGAAGAUAGCUAGUGGCGAGAACGUGUGUGUGUGUGUGCGUGCGCGUGCAUGUGUGCAAGCACACGCGCGUGCAUGCUCAAGCACAGGCAGGCCACUGGAAUGUGUGGUGUUGGAAGAGAAAACACAGCUGCACGCCUGUGCAUGGAGAGUAACGAAGUUGAAGAUCCUGGAGCAUGCACCUCCUCCCCUGCCUUCCGGCGUAGUUGAAGGAGCCGUAGCAGAUAGGAAAUAUCCAAAUAGGCAAACAAUUGGAUCAAUACAGCUCCUUGAGUCUGGCUUCAUUCUUUGGGAAGGCAGAGAUAUGCCACAAACGCUUCAGCAGCUCCAGCAACCUGAAGACCCACUUCCGCCUGCACUCAGGUGCCCAACCCCUUCAGCGCAACGUCUGUUCCAGCGGCUUCGCCCCGCGUGUCCAUCUGAAGCUGCACCAUAGGCUGCAGGCUCCUCAGCCCUGUAGCCUGGCCCACCCCCACCUGCCCCUCACCUCUCUCACCUGCCUUGCCCAGUGGCACCGAGGAGCACUAGCUCUCGUGGAGGACUCAUCGGAGAAGAUGG